AUGUCGAUUUCUACGUUAGUCUCAGUCUCUCCUUUCACUCUAGCUUCCUCAUCCAGAAAAACCCAUCUCCUUAGCUCAAACCCAACUAGGGUUUAUUCAUCUUCGAUUUCUCCAGGAUUGAAUCAAAACAGUUUCCUACAUAGUGAAAGUUACAGUCUUUUCUGCCCAUUACGCCGUCAUUUCACGAGGUUUUGUUCUUCUCCAGAUGGGUUUCUCGGAAAAGCCAAAGACGACGAAAAGGAAACAAUUCAGCUUCCUUCUAUCGGCGUAAACCCAUUGAAAUUCGCGAUAUGCGUUGCGUUCUGGGCUUCUUUCUCUUUGCUUUGGUUUGCCAGGUCUGGCGAUGCGAAAGCAGCCGCUGAUUCCAUCAAAUCAUCGAGCUUUGGUCUCAGAAUCGCCGCCGCACUUCGCCGGUUUGGUUGGGCAGACGAGGCUGUGGUGUUUGCUUUAGCCACACUUCCGGUUAUUGAGCUCCGUGGCGCUAUUCCCGUCGGUUAUUGGAUGCAGCUUAAACCUACGGUUAUCACGUUCUUCUCUGUUAUUGGCAAUAUGGUUCCGGUUCCAUUCAUCAUACUUUACCUCAAAAAGCUUGCGUCUUUCGUGGCGGGUAAGAGCCAAACAGCUUCUAAGUUACUCGAAAUGUUGUUCAAAAGAGCUAAAGAGAAAGCUGGACCUGUGGAAGAGUUCCAGUGGUUAGGUCUUAUGCUCUUUGUAGCUGUUCCAUUCCCUGGAACCGGUGCUUGGACAGGAGCUAUAAUCGCGUCAAUCCUCGACAUGCCGUUCUGGUCUGCUGUUUCGUCUAAUUUCUGCGGCGUUGUGCUAGCUGGACUGCUUGUGAACCUGCUGGUGAAUCUUGGCCUGAAAGAAGCCAUUGUGGCUGGUAUUGCUCUCUUCUUUGUAUCUACAUUUAUGUGGAGUGUUCUCAGAUACAUUAGGAAGUCUAUAAGGCCAUCUUUGCCUUGA